AUGCCUGAGGUUUCGCUUGAAUGUGAGGACAUUUGCCCUGAAAACGUUUCUUACCCGUUUUUAAGGGGUAUUGAUCCGAAGCGACCGCCCUCUUCUAUUACUAUCCCUCCUAGGGACUUGGAGGCAAUGGCUGCCAUGGAACGACAGUACUGGGAAGUGAAGUCAAAGCACUACGAUGUGGUAAUUUUUUUCAAAAAGGGCAAAUUUUAUGAGCUUUACGACCAAGAUGCCGCUAUGGCUCACCGUGAGUUCGGGUUGAAGCUAGUUGUUGACACCACUAACCGAGGGAAAAUGCGGCUUGCAGGCGUCCCUGAACAAACAUUUAGUGAAUGGGCCCGUCUCUUCGUUUUUCGGGGCUACAAGGUGGGUCGAGUAGAGCAAAUGAAGGAGGAAGGGGAGUCAUCAAAAAAUGCUCGUCCGAAAGUCGUGCCACGAGAGCUAGUUGAGAUACUUACCCCUGGCACCAUAACCGAUCCCAUGAUGAUCAGCGGCUAUGGUGCAGUGUUCGUACUUGCACUGUAUCCAAUGGGGAGCGGUAGUGUGGAUGGAAUGGCCGUCGAUCUUUCCCGUCGCGUUGUUUUCCACUGUCCCUGCGGUACGAAUGGCAAGGAGAGCGCCGCAGGCUUUGUUGAAGAGGUGCUUAAUGAAGUUUCUGCGCUCCUUCAACAAAUCCGUCCCCGUGAAAUAAUAAUUCCGCGUGGGGCUGUUGAUGCGCCUGGUGAGGAGCCCAAGGGAUCAUUUGGGAGACGUCUAUUUGAAUGGGUAGAAGGGGAGGGUUUCCAGGUUGAACUGGUUGAAGAGGUUGGUACCUCACUUCGCAAACUCCCCCUUGAGGAGAGGAGCUUAAAGGAGGCGGGUCGUUUCUUAGCUCAGUAUUUUAGAUCGUUAAAGUUGAGUAAUGUUGACUCUAUACUUUUGGAGGCUCGACCAUACAACUUUCACCUUUUAAAGCAGCAGGUAACCAGCGGUGUGCCGUCGAAUGAUCGAAGUCGUUGCUCCGAUUCAACUCUUCUGUGGUACGAACGUCGCGAAGACCCCGGGUUGGUUCUUGAUGCCGCGACAGUAAGUAAUCUUGAACUCGUGGGUAACCUGCGGGACGAUAGUGAACGCGGAUCUCUUUUUAAUCUGAUCAACCGUUGUUGCACCAACGGUGGAAAGCGUCUUUUCCGUUCUUGGAUUUUGCGACCUUCCGCGUCCCCGCGUGUUAUCAAUGCGAGGCAGGAAGCGGUACGCUUUAUCAUCGAAAAUAAUUUGAAUGAUCUCUGGGCCAAAACGGAGGAGUCUGCCGAUGUUACGACACCAAUAUGCACCCCUAAUUCGAGCACUCGUACUUCCGAGGGCCCUACCCAAGAAUUCACUCAGGCGAGUGGUACGCAGUGUGGAUCGAAGCGGGGGAGGACAACAAACACAUUUGAAUCUCGAUUUACAAACCUUUUCGCCACAGAUUUCGAGCGCAAUCUUUCACGGUUGGCCGAUUUGAAGGGUGACUCGCAACAAAUAGCCUUCGUAGAUCCUCUCGUGCAGUACAAGAAGCAUCUUCAACUUAUUAUUUCAACCGUUGUUGCAUUCGAGGAGAUGCUGGAUUGGUCUAACAACGUCCAAAAGGAGUGUGCCCCCCCUCUUUUGCAGGAACUGUGGGGAACCAUGGGCGCAGUGGCUCCUGCUGUCGCCUCAAUCAAGGCCUGUUUCGAUCGAAAAGCUGCUGAGGUGUCAGGGGUGAUUGUACCAUCGCAGGGAGCAUGUCCCGCGUACGACGAAGCUACGGAGUGCUUAGAUAUCAUAGAGAAAAAAUUGGAUGAAGUUUUAGGGGAGCUGCGCGACAACAUUUUCAACGGUGCUGCAAUCACCUACUCUCAUAUCGGUCGUGAAAAUUUUCUGGUUGAGGUUCCAUUGAUGGAGGCACCUAAGAGAUGUCCCCCUGGGUUCAUCGAGCGAUCCCGUACUUCAGCGUGUGUCAGAUAUACAGUCGCAGGUUUGGAACCUCUGGUAGAGGAGCAUAAGCGUGCCAAAACGAAGAAAGCAGAUGCCCUCUUACUUGUUGUUCGAAACAUUGCCUCGCAUAUAUUUAAUUACUUCCCCGUCCUUUAUGAAGCCACAGCGGCUCUUUGCUAUUUUGAUUGUUUGCUCAGUCUGGCGUCGCUACAUACCAGUGGUGUCGCUACUUGCUACCCCGUUGUACAAGAAUGUGACGCCGGUGCGUACCUGCUUGCGGAAGAACUACGACAUCCAUUUCUCAAAAGCGAUUCUGUCCCAAACACUGUCAAUCUUGACGCUACACAUGGACGCAUUUUGGUGCUGACCGGACCGAAUAUGGCUGGAAAGAGUACGCUGAUGCGCACAGUUGCCGUGAAUGUUAUAAUAGCCCAAAUGGGUGGACCAGUGUUUGCUACGUCUAUGCGCUUGGCGCCCGUUACCCGUGUUUUCACAAGGAUUGGCGCUCGCGAUGCAACGCACAAAGGACAGAGUACCCUUUAUGUCGAGUUAAGUGAGACAGCCGAGAUUGUGCGGUUUGCCGGUCCGUGGAGUCUUUGUUUAGUGGAUGAACUCGGCAGGGGGACAUCUACGCACGACGGCUACACAAUAGCGCACGCAAUGCUCGCCGCCAUGAAGAAAAGGCACCCAGUGCCGCCCCUUCUACUCUUCUCUACCCACUACCACGCGCUCGCGCAGGAGGAGCACAAGUCCAUGCAGAAAUCCACUUCCUCAGCAGCAUCUGAAACUGGGGGGGUUCAGCUCGGUUACAUGGACUUUGCCGUUUCUGCUGCAAGUGACAGCAAUAUACCGACCAUUACUUUUCUUUAUCGCCUUGUGCCCGGAAUCUGCGCGAGAAGCUAUGGCGUUGAGGUGGCGCUGCUUGCCGGUAUUUCCCCCGGGGUUGUAAACACAGCACGGGUUAAGUCUCUGGAGCUCGCCAAGUGGUACGAACGACAAAGGGACCUGGGUACGGUUCGGGGGUUCAUCACGCUCAGCGGGACACAGUUCUCGCAUCGGUAG